UGCAAGUGACGGUGCAUCUUGGAGGAGUCUGCAAGUGACGGUGCAUCUUGGAGGAGUCUGCAAGUGACGGUGCAUCUUGGAGAGGAGUCUGCAAGUGACAGUGCAUCUUGGAGGAGUCUGCAAGUGACGGUGCAUCUUGGAGGUGUCUGCAAGUGACGGUGCAUCUUGGAGGAGUCUGCAAGUGACGGUGCAUCUUGGAGGUGUCUGCAAGUGACGGUGCAUCUUGGAGGAGUCUGCAAGUGACGGUGCAUCUUGGAGGUGUCUGCAAGUGACAGUGCAUCUUGGAGGAGUCUGCAAGUGACGGUGCAUCUUGGAGGAGUCUGCAAGUGACGGUGCAUCUUGGAGAGGAGUCUGCAAGUGACGGUGCAUCUUGGAGGAGUCUGCAAGUGACGGUGCAUCUUGGAGGUGUCUUCAAGUGACAGUCCACACAGGCCCCCCUCAAGCAACAAUCGGCCUGUUAAAGGGUCAGGCUUACACCAAGUCUGCAGCUCCAUCACCUUGGGCGGGGAAGACUCUGUUUGCCCGGCACCGUAAGGGGUGGGUGUUGGCACCCCCCGGGGUGGUAGUGUGAAGGUCUCCCCCCCCACCCCCCUGGGCCACUCCUGUACCCACAGCCUCUGUGAGGAAGGCCAGCACCAGUUGGGCAUGAGUGAGUUGAACCGGCAGCUGAGGGAGUACCUGUCUCAGUCACGGGCAGGACCAGCCGGGGACGGAGCAGACAGCCGUCCUCUGCUCAUCCCAGACUCCGAGCCCUCUCCCCCCGCUCCCGGCUGGGCCAGCCGCCUCAACCCCUUCUCCUCCCCCCUCAGCGGCCGCUCGGCCCAUCCACAGAAUGCUAGCCCCCCUCCCCCAGGGGGCUGGGCCACGGACCCGGACCCCUGCCUGCCCUCCCUGUCCCGCAGGCAGCGGCUGGUGGGGUUCGGCCUGUGCUUGGCCGCGGGGCUGGCGUGCUUCGGCCUGUCGGCCCUGUACGCCCCCUUCCUGCUGCUGAGGGCCCGCAAGUUUGCUCUUCUCUUCACCAUGGGGAGCCUCUUCCUGCUGGGCAGCCUGGCCCUUCUCCGCGGGCCCUGGAACCAACUGAGGCUUUUGGCCUCCCUCGACCACCUGCCCUUCACGGCAGCCUACCUGGGCUCCCUGCUGGGCACCCUGUAUGCGGCCCUUGCCCUCCGCAGCACCCCUCUUACCGCCGUGGCUGCCUCUAUACAGCUGGCCGCACUGGCUGCCUAUAUCCUCAGCUCCGUGCCCGGGGGCACCACUGGCCUCCGGUUCCUCACCGGCCUCCUCACCUCCCUCUGCAAGCGGACCGUCAGCAAGUCCCUGCCCCUCUGAGCUGCCAUCGGUUUAGCCUGCAGUGGUACAGGUCGAACCCAGUCCGCACCGACCAGCCAUCACCCCAUCCCCCAUCACCUCCCCCAUCCCCCCAAUCACCUCCCACCCCACC